CCUCAUCAAAACAACACACAACACACAACACACACAAACAUGACAACAACACACAUCGACACUCUCUGGCUAUUCGCACUCGCUUCUAAAUCCAAAUGCACUUCCAUCAACUUCUUCCUCUUUUUCGCCAUUUUCGCUCUAUCAUAUCUCAUCAACUGCCUCUUCCGUUGGGCCCACCCGGGCGGCCCAGCUUGGUCCAAACACAAACCCAAAUCCACCAUCCCCGGCCCAAGAGGCUACCCCUUCAUCGGCAGCAUGCACCUCAUGUCCGGUCUCGCCCACCGUAAGCUUGCUCGCGCCGCAAACUAUUGCAGUGCGACACGUCUUAUGGCGUUUAGUCUGGGCGAGACGCGUGUGGUUGUAACGUGCAAACCCGAUGUAGCUAAAGAUAUUCUUAACAGCUCGGCUUUUGCUGACCGGCCUGUUAAGGAGUCGGCUUAUGGUUUGAUGUUCAACCGAGCCAUCGGGUUUGCGCCUUAUGGCGUUUACUGGCGGACGCUGCGAAGGAUUGCAGCGUCUCAUCUUUUCUCUCCGAAACAGAUUAAGGUUUCGGAGGGACAGAGGAUGGUUAUUGGUUCUCAGAUGGUGGAGAUGUUUCGCGAACAGCAGAACCGGACGUGUUCGGUUUGUGUUCGCGAUGUGUUGAAGCGGGCUUCGUUGAGUAAUAUGAUGUGGUCGGUGUUUGGUAGGAAGUACCGAGUUGACUCAAACGAUGUCGACUCGGUUGAGUUGAGGAGGUUAGUGGAUGAAGGGUAUGAGCUUUUGGGUGUGCUUAAUUGGACUGACCAUCUUCCGUGGUUGUCCGAUUUUGACCCCCAAGGGGUUCGGUCUAGGUGUUCUAAACUCGUUCCGAAAGUUAACCGGUUUGUGAAACGGAUUAUCGAUGAACACCGAGCUAAACCGGCUCAACUCGACGGUGACUUCACCGACGUGCUGCUAUCGCUUGAAGGAGCGGAUAGGUUAUCCGAACCGGACAUGAUCGCGGUCCUAUGGGAAAUGAUAUUUAGAGGAACCGACACGGUAGCAGUGUUGAUCGAAUGGAUUCUAGCAAGGUUAGUGCUUCAUGUGGAUAUACAACAAAAGGUUCAAGAUGAGCUUCAACGGGUCGUGGGGGGGUCACGUGCGGUGACGGAGGCUGACGUCACCCGUUUGGUGUAUCUACCAGCCGUAGUGAAAGAAGUACUCAGGCUACACCCACCGGGCCCACUUCUCUCGUGGGCCCGUCUAGCCAUCACAGACACAGUCAUUGACGGUCAUCAAGUACCAGCUGGGACAACGGCAAUGGUAAACAUGUGGGCCAUAACUCGGGACCCGGAAAUUUGGAACAACCCGCUAGAGUUUAGACCGGAGAGGUUUUUGAGUGAAAGCGAAGGGUUGGUGGAUAUGUCGGUGAUGGGUUCGGAUCUUAGAUUGGCUCCGUUCGGAUCGGGUCGGAGAAGUUGCCCUGGGAAGAAUCUUGGGCUGACCACAGUGAGCUUUUGGGUGGCGUCAUUGUUGCAAAAGUUUGAGUUUGGGAGGUGUGAUGGGUACGACGUUGACUUAUCAGAGGUGUUGAAGUUGUCUUGUGAAAUGGCGACCCCACUUCGUGUUACUUUGCGAUCAAGAGCCACUUGAGGUUUAAAAAAACAAAAUAUUUAAACAAGAAAAGUGAAAGAAUGGGAUAUUGACGGUGUCAAGUUAUGCACUUUGCGUGUUUAAUUUUUAUCAUGUGUUUUAUAAGGGUUUGUUUUAAUAUAUGUAUAAGUAACUUUGGUUAUUAUAUAAUUGUGGAUCUAUAUACUACUCCGUGUGAAAUGAAUCUAUAUAAGUUUGAUUAA